UUUGGAUAAAAAGGAUAUGUUUUUGCUUAAAAAUACUAAUAUUAUUUAAAGAGAUAUAUUUCACUUUAUAUAUUGAUAUGAAUUCUAGUAAUUAAUUGAGAAUAGGGAGCACAUUCCUUGUAGCCAUUAAUUAAAAUUCCUGUCUCAUAACAGCUUGAAGUAUCUAACCUAGCUUGUAUUUAUCCUGUUAUUGUUCAAUGUCUUCAAGUUUUGGUUAAGAGUAGAAUUAUACUAAUUCAAACCAUUAUCAGAGGUAAUAAAUUAAUUAAUCCAGCCUACUAGAAUGAGAUUAGGUGAAAGGCAUUAGAAGUCUUCCUUCUGUCAAUUGCUUUUGUUGUAACAUAUUAUUGAUGAAGUGGCCCUGAUCCAUUACUGCUCCUCUAAAAAAGAAAUUAAAAUGUGCUACAUGUUGGAGAGCUGCAUACAAUUAUUCGAAAAAAAAUAAGGGAAUUUGUGUAUAAUUUGGCUCAAGCGUCUCAUGCUGAAGCUUUUCAUGUAGUUUUGUACAGUAUACACACUGUCUUUCAUUUGUUUGAAGCUUCCCUUUUAAAAUUUUUCAUGUAUUAGUUUUGUGUCCAUGAUAUCAGUAUAGGUGGGAUUUACUACCUUCUUAUAUGUGCUACUUGCAUUGAGCUGGUUAAAAAAGCUGGAAAUGACUAGAUUAUUGUUGUAUGAGUUGCUGUUCUGUCAAGAACCAAGAUGUUGCCAAUUUCUACAAAAGAAUUCAGGAUGAGGGAAAUUCAGCUUGGUUCACAUACUGUGAUGUCUCAUGGGUAUACAGUUGCAAGAACACACAGGCAUGAUUGGCUCAUACUCUUGCUCCUUGUGUUACUUGAGAUCAUUCUAUAUAUCAUCCAUCCUUUUUAUCGCUUUGUUGGGAAGGAUAUGAUGAGCGAUCUUAAGUAUCCCCUGAAAAGUAAUACUGUUCCUGUUUGGGCUGUUCCUAUGUAUGCAGUUUUAUUACCUAUGUUGAUAUUUAUUUUUGUCUAUAUCCGAAGGAGAGAUGUCUAUGAUCUUCAUCAUGCCAUAUUAGGUCUCUUGUUCUCUGUUUUAGUAACAGCAGUAAUUACUGAUUCAAUAAAAAAUGCUGUAGGUCGGCCCCGACCAGACUUCUUCUGGCGUUGUUUUCCAGAUGGAAAGGAUGUUUAUGACAAAUUGGGAAAUGUCAUAUGUCAUGGUGACAAGAAUGUCAUAAAGGAGGGACACAAGAGUUUCCCUAGUGGCCAUACUUCAUGGUCCUUUGCUGGUCUGGGUUUCUUAUCACUUUACUUAUCUGGUAAAAUAAAAGCAUUCGACCGUGCAGGCCAUGUUGCAAAGCUCUGCAUUGUUUUUCUCCCUUUGCUUGUGGCAUCGCUUGUUGGCAUUUCUCGAGUUGAUGACUAUUGGCACCAUUGGCAGGAUGUGUUUGCUGGAGGUCUUUUAGGGCUUGUAGUAGCUACAUUUUGCUAUUUGCAAUUUUUUCCUCCUCCUUAUCACCAUGAAGGCUGGGGACCAUAUGCUUACUUUAGGAUGUUGGAGGAAACAAGUGCCACCACUCAAACACUUGGUGCUCAAAAUUCUGGCCAUGCACAGCCUACAGAAGCUCAGGAGGAGAACCAGGAGAGUCAAAGCUAUAUUGGAUGUGUAGGUUUUUCUGUGGAAAGGAAUCAUCAUAUUGCAACAUUAGAUGAAAUGGAAUGUGGCAGUGUGAGAAAGUAGUUUUUUUUUUUUUUUUUUUGGGGUAUCUCACUUGCCUUGUGGUUGACCGUUUGAAAACCUGUUGGAAACGGGCUUUGGUAAAUUCGGAGAUAGACAAUGACUCAGGUCAAAAGACUAAUAAGUUUUCAAGCACCCUUGAUAUGCCAGUAGCUCAUAUUGGAUUUUCUUCCCAAUUUUAUUUAUAACGGUUUUCUUCCCAAA